ACCCCUCUUCAGUUGUGUUCAAAUUCCCUCUUGGCUCAUUUCUCAUGUCAUCUUCUGUAUAUGGUUUUAAGGACAAAUGGUUGAAAUCAGCAGUUAGCCUUCCUAUCGCCUUUGACCACAACGUCUGCUGUCAUUUCUAUUAGUUUCCCAACAAUUCUACUUGUUGAAUCUCCACCAUUUGUCGUCACCAAACGGAUGUAUUCAUUAGUUGCAUACUGUUCCCUUUUCAUUCAGUGAGCUAUAUUUUCUGUUCGGUUCCCUACGUGAUGUACUGCUCACGGCUGACGUUUGUGUUCUGUCUUGCCUCCCCCUUGAUCACACCUACAGCGUCAUUGUGUUUUGCUACACCAGAAGUACAUUCAUUUCCAAUGGAACGCUGUGUUUGCCUUGCAGCAUUGUUCUGUGUGGUUCAUAGGUUGGAUUUAUUGAAUGUAUGCAUCAAAUUGUAUGUGUAGAUGUCUUGACAGAAAUGGUAGAAAGUGAAUGUUAAACUUUUGUUCCACACAUCCAGAUGCUGCAUACCAUUUUGCGAAAUGAUGGUUUAGGCGUGCUCAAGCCGUAGUCUUUUUUUGCAUACUACACUGAACAAAAAUUAAAAAGCAACAUAUAGUGCUGAUCCCAUGUUUCAUGAGGUGACAUGAAAGAUCCCAUAAAUGUUCCAUAGGUACACAAAGCUUAUUCUGGGGACAAAAAAAUAAAUAAAAAUGCCACUUUAAAAUGUUCAGUUUUGCCACAAUGUCUGAUGGAUUGUGCAAUUGGCAUGCUGACUGCAGGAAUGUCCACCAGAGCUGUUGCCAGAGCAUUGAAUGUUAAUUUCUCUACCAUAAGCCACCUCCGUGUAACCAUGCAAGCCCAGGACCACCUCCAGGCUUUUUCACCUGUGGGAUCGUCUAGGUGCGGAGGAGUAUUAUAUUUUUUAUUUUACCCCCUUUUCUCCUAAUUACAAUUAUGUCUGAUCGCUGCAACUCCCCAACGGGCUUGGGAGAGGCGACGGUUGAAUUAUGCGUCCUCCAAAACAUGACCCGCCAAACUGCGUUCAUUAACACCAGCCUGUACUAAUGUGUGGGAGAAAACACAGUUCAACUGACAACCAAGUCAGCCUGCAGGCGCCCGGCCAAGUAAAGCCCUCCUAUCCCGGACGACGCUGCACCACUCUAUGGGACUCCUGGUCACAGUCCGGGAUCGAACGCGGGUAUGCAGUGAUGCUUCAAGCAUUGCGAUGCAGUGCCUUAGACCACAGCAACAUUCAGGAGGCCCUCUUAAGUAUUUCUGUCGGUAAAAAGGCCCUUUUGUGGGGAAAAACUCAUUCUGAUUGGCUGAUAUGCACCCCUGCCUAGUCGUGAAAUCCAUAGACUAGGGCCUAAUGAAUUCAUUUAAAUUAACUGAUAUCCUUGAACUGUAACUCAGCGAAAUCUUACAAAUUGUUGCGUUUAUAUUUUUGUUCAGUAUAGUACAGUCGCACUUAAUUGCAUUCCAAUUAAAUGGAUGCAAUUCUGGGCAUUUUGAUCCAAUUCUAACUGAACAUCACAACUGAAUCUUCCUAAAGUGUAAUCGAACUAUGGCGCAGUCAAGCACGCAUAAAAUAUAUUUUGCCACCACAUACAAUUCAACGCUGGCUCUUGCCCUCAUAGUAUGUCAAUUUCCUAACCUGCUUUCAAUCAACAACCUAUGUGGUUUUCAGGCAUAUUUGGAGAUUCCAAGUGGUUAUGGGUCUUCUGAAGUAAAUUUACCCGAACGGGAAUUUGAGGACUGUUCUCUCUUGUCAUGGUUUCUAGAAUUCACAUUUUUUAAAAUAGUUAUGGUUUAAAAAAAAUGCUCAAUGACUUCUGCAGCAAAACUUGCUUCUGCAUUACCUUGUAAGAAAAACAAUUCCUUGUCACUAUACAGACCAGGGGGGCGGCUGGUAGCUUAGUGGGUAGAGCGUUGGACUAGUGACUGGAAGGUUCCAAGAUCGAAUCCCUGAGCUGACAAGGUAAACAUCUGAACAAGGCAGUUAAACCACUGUUCCGUCAUUGAAAAUAAGAAUGUGUUCUUAACUGACUUGCCUAGUUAAAAAAAGGUAGAAAAUACAAAUGUAAAGUUAGGGGCACUGGUUCAUGCAAACCUGUCAGGCGGAGUGUAUACAAUUUAGACCACUCCAUUGGUCCUUAAUAAAAAUCGCCACUCACUAUUGGGGGACUUGCAAAACCAAGUGCCCCAAUAGUGGCGCAGCAUGUGAAUUCCGCAAACCACUCUAAAUAAAGCAAACAACACUGAAAAACCAAUCACCAGUGUACAGCGAAAGCAGCAUGUCGCCCCGUGCGAGAGUUGUUGACGAAUCGCGAUUUGACUCGGUGAGAACAAUCACGCCAAAACACUUACUUGGUCCCAACAACAGUAGAGAAACAAGACUCCACUGUGGCUCUUUUCCUGUAACAAUGAUAUGAUGGCGCGAAAAUGUUAAUUCCGCACAUGACAGCCCUGUUGGUGUUACUAUUUAGGAUACCCAAUCGCAUCACAGCUCACAUAGGGCGCGUUCGUAAAUUCACUCCGAUUUCAGAGAACUCUCGUCUGAGUGCAGAAUAACGAAUGGAUUAACGAAUGUCCAGUGCCAGUAAACGUAAGGGGAAAAAAGCGUCCCUACACAACCCUACACCUCGGCCAGAGCGUCCAGUGUGCGCUCCGAGAGCGUAACGCUCUGAAUUUACGAACGCCCAGAGCGCACUCGGUCACUCCAGGGUCAAUUUACGAACGCACCCAUAAGCUCUCUGGCAAACACAGUAGUUUACCAGCAAAACUGCUGUCGUUUAUAUAAACGCUAUUGCAAGUUAGCAGUUUAUUUAGCUUCUCUUUUGACCUAGUAUUUUUUUAAAUAAACAUUUUCGUGUCAGCCUUUGCAGCUCGAGACGACCCACACGUGAUCGGCCAGCAUAACUAGGCGCUUGUUAGUUACAGUAUUUGAAUUUGACGAGGCUAUUUUGACGUUGGAUAGCUAACUAUAUUCGCUGGUUCAAAAUUUCGAAUAGAUUUCGAAUAGAUCUCACAUGAAUGUUUUAAAUAUAUGGUUAUCACAAGUGUACCUCAUUUUGAUAUUUAAGGCAGACUGUAUGAAGUUAAUUUGUUAACCGGUUAGACGUUAGUUUUUCUUUCCAGCUUGAGCUGCUGUACAUUUUCUGUUCGGCUAAUAAAUUAUAACGUCAUUUGCUUUUGAGAGCCAUCUGCGGAUUGUCAUUUUUACUUUUUCAAGAACAAGGCUUUCUGCCUGAAAUAUUUGUGUUAGGGAUUCCACAAACAUUUUAGCUAGCUAGCAUUUAGCUUGCUUGCACCCGUAACAGCGAUUGUAACCACGAGCCAGCAUCGGCCAAGCGAAUUAGUAUUUAGUCAAAGUAUUUAGUCAAUAAUUAAGUUAUCAAGAGAAGUAUCACACACACCGAUAACUGACUUCUGUUGUCGAGAAUUUGCAUCCAUCUUUGCUUAUUUUCAUUACCGAAAGUGAAGUACCCUGACUAGCCACAGUCAGAAGCAGUUGAGUAGCUAGCUAUCCAAAUUCUGAAUCUGAUUGUCAUUUUAUCAGUGUUAUUGUUGAAAAUGGCGGCGAUCGAAAUGGUGCAGAUGUUGAUCGAAGCAGCAGAAUACCUUGACCGCAGAGAAAGAGAAGCUGAACAUGGCUAUGCCUCCAUGUUACCUUUCACCAGCAGCAAAGAGAAGGACAGCUUGAAACGGAAAAAUAAAAGCAAGAAGAACUCCAGUAGCAGAUCCAUACACAACGAGAUGGAGAAGAACAGAAGAGCACACCUACGGCUGUGUUUAGAGCGAUUGAAAUCCCUCGUUCCAUUGGGACCAGACUCCAACAGGCAUACCACCCUCAGCCUGUUGAUGAGGGCCAAGAAACAUAUCGGGAGGUUGGAGGAGAGCGAGCGGAGAGCCCAGCAUACCUUAGACCAGCUGCAGAGGGAGCAGAGGCACCUCCAACGACGUCUGGAGCAGCUAGGGGUGGAGAGAACACGUAUGGACAGCACAGGAUCCACCGUCUCCUCCGACAAUCCAGAUGCAGACCAGGAGGAGGAGCUGGAUGUGGACGUGGAGGGGACUGACUACCUGCUGGGGGAUCUGGAGUGGAGCACCAGCAGUGUGAGUGACUCUGACGAGAGGGGAAGCCUGCGCAGCAGCUGCAGUGAUGAGGGCUACUCAAGCGCCAGCCUGCGUCUGCAGAACCAGAAAACUCAGGAGAACGCCAAGCAGUUGGGCUGUAGCCUAUAAGAGCACAGCCCUCAACCUCUGGCCCAUGUGCAACGGCGUCCCUCUAUCGUCAAGUUAACUCGCGCCCACCAACCAGUCUCUGCCAAUCAGACCUCACCUCCAGCAGGACUGGCCUUCUGACAAAGCCCUCUCCUCCAGCUCUAUUCCACCUCUCUUUCCCCCUCAGACCUCCAACACCUGAGACACCCAUCAUCCCAUUUCAACCGUCCAUCGGCCAACCAAAAUGGAAGAUCUGCACAUUCAGAGCCUCUGGCUCAAUAAGAUGAGUAGUAUUUGGAAGACACCCCUCCGUCCAUCCCUUUCUGUGUCCACCACCUCCGUCCCUACCUGCUCUGCUGUCAGUUUCAGUGUAAGAGCAGAGAGGUGACUUGACUGUUUUCACGUAUCCAUGCUGUUUCCCCCUUCCAGCUCCCAGCGUCUGAGAACGAAAGACUUCAGCUAGAGAAUGUUAUUACAACACUACACCUACAACUCACUGCCCCCCUCGACCCCCAGCUCUAGCUCCCAUCUCGCCCAUAUCUCCCCUCUAUAGGUGGUGGUACAAACAAUCAGCGCAUGGAUGGUAUUUAGCACUUAGAGACAGUAUAGGAAGGGAUUGUCUGGGUCAAAGAGCUGUGGUCAUUGUAAUCAAUAUACUGUAUGUCUCCUUAAAAGACAUUGCAGCUAUUGUAGUAAUGUUAUCAGGUGUAGUCUAUUAGAAAGUCUUUAUGGUAAAUAAUUGUCUACCUGCACUGUCUACAUGUAAAGUCCUCACUGGGAGUUCUACAACACUAAGCACGGGUGUGAUUUGAUGUCAUCCAUGUUCCACAACCACUUCAUUGUUGCGAUCGGCAGCAAUACAUCAAUCCCUCUCUCUACCUGGCUUAGCGGUUGGAUAGAUACCUCCAUGUUUUUAGCUCUUAUAAUGGGGGGCUAUUACAUUUUAGUUUUUAUUUUGGCAUACCCUGUACUUUCAAAUCCUCACCUGCCAUUCUGAAUUUUUAUGAGGAAAAAUAAAUUGAGGACAAAAACUUGUUAUGAAGAAUGCGCAGCAUGAGAUUGUUAUGGGGUAUCUUUUAUCUUCCUCUCCCUGAUGGCGAUGGCGUCUAACUCAUCUUUUAAUGUGAUGGUCUGUGUUGCUGCUAGUCAUGUCCUGUAGCCAGUGGUAGUCACUUGAAUAUGUGUUGAAGUUAUACAGACAGACAGUAAAUUACCGGUAAUUGUUGAAAGUAGACCAGUGGAGGGAUUAAAGCACAUUCCAUGUUCCAGAGAAAGUAGACCAGUGGAGGGAUUAAAGCACAUUCCAUGUUCCAGAGAAAGUAGGCCAGAUGGAGGGAUUAAAGCACAUUCCAUGUUCCAGAGAAAGUAGACCAGUGGAGGGAUUAAAGCACAUUCCAUGUUCGAGAGAAAGUAGGCCAGACGGAGGGAUUAAAGCACAUUCCAUGUUCCAGAGAAAGUAGACCAGUGGAGGGAUUAAAGCACAUUCCAUGUUCCAGAGAAAGUAGACCAGUGGAGGGAUUAAAGCACAUUCCAUGUUCCAGAGAAAGUAGACCAGUGGAGGGAUUAAAGCACAUUCCAUGUUCCAGAGAAAGUAGGCCAGAUGGAGGGAUUAAAGCACAUUCCAUGUUCCAGAGAAAGUAGGCCAGAUGGAGGGAUUAAAGCACAUUCCAUGUUCCAGAGAAAGUAGGCCAGAUGGAGGGAUUAAAGCACAUUCCAUGUUCCAGAGAAAGUAGGCCAGAUGGAGGGAUUAAAGCACAUUCCAUGUUCCAGAGAAAGUAGACCAGUGGAGGGAUUAAAGCACAUUCCAUGUUCCAGAGAAAGUAGGCCAGAUGGAGGGAUUAAAGCACAUUCCAUGUUCCAGAGAAAGUAGGCCAGAUGGAGGGAUUAAAGCACAUUCCAUGUUUCAGAGAAAGUAGACCAGUGGCGGGAUUAAAGCACAUUCCAUGUUCCAGAGAAAGUAGACCAGUGGAGGGAUUAAAGCACAUUCCAUGUUCCAGAGAAAGUAGACCAGUGGAGGGAUUAAAGCACAUUCCAUGUUCCAGAGAAAGUAGACCAGUGGAGGGAUUAAAGCACAUUCCAUGUUUCAGAGAAAGUAGACCAGUGGAGGGAUUAAAGCACAUUCCAUGUUCCAGAGAAAGUAGACCAGUGGAGGGAUUAAAGCACAUUCCAUGUUCCAGAGAAAGUAGACCAGUGGAGGGAUUAAAGCACAUUCCAUGUUCCAGAGAAAGUAGACCAGUGGAGGGAUUAAAGCACAUUCCAUGUUCGAGAUAAAGUAGGCCAGAUGGAGGGAUUAAAGCACAUUCCAUGUUCCAGAGAAAGUAGGCCAGAUGGAGGGAUUAAAGCACAUUCCAUGUUCCAGAGAAAGUAGACCAGUGGAGGGAUUAAAGCACAUUCCAUGUUCGAGAGAAAGUAGACCAGAUGGAGGGAUUAAAGCAUAUUCCAUGUUCCAGAGAAAGUAGACCAGAUGGAGGGAUUAAAGCACAUUCCAUGUUCGAGAGAAAGUAGGCCAGAUGGAGGGAUUAAAGCAUAUUCCAUGUUCGAGAGAAAGUAGGCCAGAUGGAGGGAUUAAAGCACAUUCCAUGUUCGAGAGAAAGUAGGCCAGAUGGAGGGAUUAAAGCACAUUCCAUGUUCCAGAGAAAGUAGGCCAGAUGGAUGGAUUAAAGCACAUUCCAUGUUCCAGAGAAAGUAGGCCAGAUGGAGGGGUUAAAGCACAUUCCAUGUUCCAGAGAAAGUAGGCCAGAUGGAGGGAUUAAAGCACAUUCCAUGUUCCAGAGAAAGUAGGCCAGAUGGAGGGAUUAAAGCACAUUCCAUGUUCCAGAGAAAGACCAGUGGAGGGAUUAAAGCACAUUCCAUGUUCCAGAGAAAGUAGACCAGUGGAGGGAUUAAAGCACAUUCCAUGUUCCAGAGAAAGUAGGCCAGAUGGAGGGAUUAAAGCACAUUCCAUGUUCCAGAGAAAGUAGACCAGUGGAGGGAUUAAAGCACAUUCCAUGUUCCAGAGAAAGUAGACCAGUGGAGGGAUUAAAGCACAUUCCAUGUUCCAGAGAAAGUAGGCCAGAUGGAGGGAUUAAAGCACAUUCCAUGUUCCAGAGAAAGUAGACCAGUGGAGGGAUUAAAGCACAUUCCAUGUUCCAGAGAAAGUAGGCCAGAUGUAGGGAUUAAAGCACAUUCCAUGUUCCAGAGAAAGUAGACCAGUGGAGGGAUUAAAGCACAUUCCAUGUUCCAGAGAAAGUAGACCAGUGGAGGGAUUAAAGCACAUUCCAUGUUCCAGAGAAAGUAGGCCAGAUGGAGGGAUUAAAGCACAUUCCAUGUUCCAGAGAAAGUAGGCCAGAUGGAGCAUUACCUUCAUCCAUAUUUAUGAGGGAGUGUUUUCGGUUUUUAAAGCCAGGAAGGUUCUAGCUACCUGCUUCAGGUUACCCACAAGCAGAACACAACAGAUGUGCUGACUUGCUUUGCCUUUGGGUCAGAGCACAGUACAAGCAAGAUCAAUGUCUUGUGAGUUUGUUCACCUCUGGAAAGAAAAGAGCAGAAAGGCUACUGUACACUAAAGAUACUCUCCUCUGCCUUGUCUAUAUACUUAGAUAUUGUUUAUGCAAAAUGUUAUGUUUAUGUAAAUAGUUUACGCGGAAAGAUCUGUUUAUUUAAAAAAAAAAUAUUUAUAUUAGAUGUAAAUAUAUAGAUAUAUCUAUUUAAUUGCUUGUCGCUUUACUAGUUUUUGUUGUGAGGGUUUCAAUGUAUAGUUGGUUUGCACAGCAAAGUCGAUCCAGAGCUUUUUAGAUCUGUAAUUUGUGCCUAUAGGCUUUUGUGUCCUUUCAAAAUUGGCACGGUGCUCCUAGAAUUGAAAUUGUUUUAUUUGUGGUUGAUUAUAUUUAUCUAUUUCAAAUAUAUCCUCUUUGUCAACAGGUAAAUAAUGCAAAAAAAAUAUAGAUUAAUAUAAAAAUGUAUUACAUUGAAAAGAGGAGCUGGCGUGUGUGUUUGUGCUUUGGCAUUGCUGGGAUGGUGGGAAGUUACAGUGGGCUUUCUCCCUUUGUGCCUGGGGACCUUCAACAAAAUGGCUUCUCCACCCAAGAGAUUAUAACACAUUGUAGAAAGAGGAGGAAUUGGUGGGUUCAAUAACCAGGGGAUAAGAUGGGGAGGCUUGCAGCAGCAUUUGAAUGUAGUCGACUAGCCUAUAAUAUAUCUCCCCCUGCACUGUUGCAGCACAAUGCCAAAGGAACCUCAAACUGUGUCACUGCAGAAUCUCGUUAGAACGGGAAGACGGUUGGUACACACCAAAAAAAUCCUUACAAAAUAGGAGUAUGAUUGUUUAGUCUAUUUGUGUGGAAUGCUGCACUUCUACGUCAUUUUAAAACCCUAUCCAAAAAGAGAACCAUGUAGCCAUGCUAGAAGGGGAAUGUUGUGAAUUGAGUACACGACUCAGACUGGUGCUAUGGGGCAGGUGUAUGUAUGUCUUGUCACUGUCUUCAGAGAGAAAAUAUAAUGGUUUGGGAGGGUUGUUUUUAAUGGCAAAACACUGUCGCAUUUGUAUGGAUGUUUUUAUUGGUUUACUAUUAAAAAGGUGAAAAACAGUAUCGCUUUUCAAAGAAAACCUAAUGUAUUAUUAAAGCUAAGCAUGGUCUGUUAUUGGGGAGCCCCACACUCCUCUCCUUCCCUCUCUCCCUGUCCAUGGCCUGUUUUAUAUGUCUUCCACUCCUACCUGUGUGUGAAUGUGACUUCCAUAGAGAAGAGAUCCUGAUUCAUUUCUAUGGUGGUUCCCCACCGUCCUCCACAUGCUGUGGACCAGCCACCAUGGUGCAGAGGGAGCCUGAGGGAGCAGACUGGGCUGUGUAGUAUAGCUGUAGCUGUCCUCCCACCCUGUAUAACACUCUUAACACCCUCGGUGCUUCAGCCUCUGCCUUAAGAGCAGGUGUAGAUUCUUAAAAAAGAACAAGAGAUCAAUGCAGUUGGCUUCUGUGUAGUCCAGUGUAAGCUAUAUAGGAUAUCAUCCUGGGAAUUCUCUUUUUGGUUUUGUUGUGUAUAUUUGGGUUACGUUCGUACGAAGUGGCUUAAGCCUUAAAACAGACAGAUGUAAGAGAACCAUAGUAAAGUAUAUAUUAUACACGUUCAUAUAUAUAAUAUAGGUGUAGACAUGUUAUUACAAAAAAGGUCAUUAUUUUCAUUGUAACUGUGUCUCAGGUGUUGCUCUCCCUCACACACACACACACAGACAUACACACGUUGUCAUACACACAUCAGAACAGACUCUGCCUUUUGAAGGAAGGGUUUAUGUCAAACUAUAAAAAGGUGGACAUUUUCUGCACACAUUUUUUAGAACUAGGGAUUUUAAACUUUGUGAAAACAAUCUUUGGGAAGUGUGGUGCAGUCAUUUCUAUUUGCCAGUGAUAUAAAAGGAAUAAAACCAUUUGAAAGCCUUGUUUACCUA